AUGCACUACAUCCCCGUACCACCACGCGGAAUUUCAGCCAAUCUCCACUACCCCUGGCAAGGUCCGUUCGUUAUUCUCGAUGUUUUGUCACCCUCAAACUACUUCCUCCGCGAUGCCUCGCAACCCCACUCCCCCACCUCUACAGCUAACUUCAACACACUCAAACCCUACCGCGCUCGUUUACCCCUUUGCACAUUACACUCCCUACCCAUCCUUCCAGACGACCAAGUUCCCCUCGUAGCCGUCGACGUCACAGUUCCCUCAACCGUCGAGACCACUAUCCCUUCACCCGUGAACCAUAGCAGCACUGAGGACAGUGCUGCAUCCUAA